AUGACUGGCGGUUUCGAGACACCACCUUCGCAAUGCGUAGGCCCUGAGUACCGCCCGGCUACUCAGAAGCCAACGGCCACAGUCUCCAAACCUCUGGACCAAGUGCCAAACAUUCAUAUCCUGCCUCAAACCCCUCAGCUGAUAGCGCUGCUAACCAUGAUUCGCGACAAGAACACAGGUCGUGCCGACUUCAUUUUCUACUCUAACCGUAUCAUCCGUCUCCUGGUUGAGGAAGGACUCAACCACCUUCCUGUUGUAGGUCACGAGAUCACUACGCCAGUGGGGCGGACGUAUGCUGGUGUCAAGUUUGAAGGCAAGAUCUGCGGUGUCUCGAUCAUGCGAGCUGGAGAAUCCAUGGAGCAGGGUUUGAGGGACUGCUGCAGGUCGGUUAGGAUUGGCAAGAUCUUGAUCCAGAGAGACGAGGAGACGAGCCAACCGAAGCUCUUUUACGAUAAGCUACCCGAGGAUAUCGCGGAUCGAUGGGUACUGCUGCUGGAUCCCAUGCUGGCAACCGGAGGCUCUGCUCUCAUGGCCGUUGAGGUACUCAAGUCGCGCGGUGUGCCCGAGGAGCACAUUCUCUUCCUCAACCUCAUCGCCAGCCCGGAAGGCGCGAAGAGGUUUGCCGAGCAGGUGCCCAAGGUCCGAGUAGUGACGGCAUUUGUUGACCAGGGUCUGGACGAGAAGAACUACAUUGUCCCGGGUCUUGGUGACUUUGGAGAUCGCUUCUACACUUUGUAG